AUGGAUAAAAAUUAUUUUUCGUUAACUAAAGUUGGUUUCAUUGGUGGUGGAAAUAUGGCAAGUGCUAUUGGUGCUGGUCUAAUUCAUAAAGGUAAUAAAAUUUUAUAGUAUUAGUUACAAGAUUAAUGAUUAAUUACAAUUAUUUUGGAAUAAUACAGUUCAUUUUUUAUUAUAGGUAUUUUAAAUCCAAACAAUGUAUGGGUUUCUGCUCGUACAACUAAAACUCUAGGAUUUUGGAACGACCUAGGUGCUCAUGCCACUUUGAAAAAUGGAGAAGUAGUAGAUAAUUGUGAAAUUAUAUUUUUAGCAAUGAAGCCUCAUAUGCUUGACGAUGCGCUUGAGUGCGCUAAAGAAACAAUGACAGUCAAAGCUGUACAUAAACUAUUUGUUUCAGUUCUUGCAGCAGUUACAUUAGAGUCUUUAGCUAACUAUAUUGUUCUAUGAAUGCAACAAAUCAAGAUGAAACUAUGAUAGAAACAUUAUUGUCAUAUGUUGGAGUAACUGAAAAUGUUCCGGAGCCUCUUAUAAAUGCUAUAAGUGGUCUUUCAGGAUCUGGUCCUGCUUAUGCAUAUCUUGUUAUAGAAGCAUUAGCAGAUGGUGCUGUAAAAAUGGGUGUUCCAAGACCUAUGGCGACAAAAUUUGCAGCACAAGUAUUAGUUGGAGCUGGUAAAAUGGUGUUAGAAACAGGUAGACAUCCUGGUCAAUUGAAAGACGAAGUAUGUUCUCCAGGAGGUACAACUAUUACGGGAGUUCAUGCCAUGGAAUGUGGACAAGUCAGGUAAAAUGCAUGAAAUUAUUAAUUUAAUAUAUAAUGCCAUGAAUUAUAUUUAUAGAGCUUCUAUGAUAAAUGCAGUUGAAGCUGCAGUAAAGAGAUCAAACGAACUAGCAUCUACGAUAAAAUGA